AUGCAGCAGUACCAGAAGAGUGGGGAACCCCAACAGAUUCAUAGGCCUCCACAGGCGCGGCAGCGGCCGAUUGAAGAACCUCGUCCGCAGUCCCCGGAGAAUUCUCAACAGGCUUUGCAAGCCGAGCAGUGGCAGCCGUCGGCGUUUCGCGAGCGCAGAGACCGCAUGAUGGACUCGGUGCUGAACGCAUCCCGCAGGGCGUCCGCGCAGGUGGCCAGCUACGUCAGCACAGCACGCAAGCGGCUGUCCUGCUGGAACCAGCCUUCGCUGUGUCGCAUCAACGAGCGCGCCGUGUACGGUACGUGCGUCGGUGGCGCCGCCCUGGUGGUGCUUGUGGCGCUGGUGCUCAUCGCUCAAGCCGGACUGCGCAGCGCGUCGAGCCUCGCAUCUGUCGCCAACGGUGCUGGUGACGAACCUCACGGCGUUGAACAUGUGCCCGCCGUACAGGAGCAGCCGUGCUCUACACCGUCGUGCAACCAGGUCUCGCGCACGCUGCUUCUCUCGCUGAGCCACGAGACGUCGCCCUGCGCCAACUUCUACGAGUACGUCUGCGAGGGCUGGAAGCGGAGGCACCCGCUGCGAGACGACAAGUACCAAGUGAGCGUUCUGACCGAGGCCGAGCGUGAGGUGCGCAAGCGGCUGAUGCUGGCGCUCGAGACGUCGGCCAUCCCUCGGCGCAACCAGUCGCAGAUCGACAAGAUGGUGGCGCUCUACCGCUCCUGCGUCGGGUCGCUGUCGCGCGGGGGACAGAGCCUGCACGACCUGCGCGCCUUCUUCAGGCUGCACAACCACCGCUGGCCCGAGCCCCACGCGCCCGAUAGGCCCGAGUUCUUCGACCACUUGCUGGAGCUGGACAUCCGCUGGAACCUGGCCAUCGUGUUUCGCUACCGCUUCGCACCGCCGCCCGCCGACGACCGCAGCGGUCGACGCACCGUCGUGCUGCAGCCCGUCGUGCCGGACGGGUGA